UAAUGGCAGUACUGCUGUGGGUAGAUGGGGCAUGUCGUUUCGAAUUCGUUUCCGAACGUGCCCAUUCGUUUUCGUUUGUUUAUUUUUAUUUGUUAUUUGAAGUUUUAUACAGCUACAGCAUCUGAAAACGAAUCCGUAGCUGAUGCUGACAGAAAUAUAAUAUGCAAAAUGGAUAAGCUAACAACAAUAAGCGCAACUUUAUUUAUGGCUGCAGACGUUUUUGCGAUUGUCAGUUUGGCUAUGCCUGAUUGGAUUGUCACAGAAGAAGCAGGAGACAUUCGUCUUGGACUAAUGUGGACCUGUAUGACUUUGUACAAUAGACCCCAAGUGUGCUUCACACCUGAGUUGCAGAUUGAAUGGCUAUUGGCGUUGGUUUGCAUUUUUGUUGGAUGCAUUUGUGUCACCACCACGGUAAUACUAUUGGCGUCUAGUACAUGGGAUCGAAAUGUUAUUCCGUACGCUAGAUGGGUUGGGUUUACAGCAAUGGUACUGUUUUGCUUAGCUGCAGUAAUUUUCCCACUUGGUUUUCAUGUCGACGAAAUCGGUGGGCAAGCCUAUCAGCUUCCAAAUACCUAUAAGAUUGGCAUAUCUUAUAUUAUGUUCGUUUUGGCACUCUGGAUCACAGUUGUAUCGGAAUUAUUCGCUGGCAAAGUAUGUUUGCCUCAUUUUUAAAAUAUCAAUAGAAACUCGUAGCAACAGAACAAUUUGUUUAAAUGUUUGUACGUGUAAAAUAGUACACGAAAUAAAAUAUUGGAAUACCUAUGAGACUGGUA